AGUAUAGAAUGGGCCAUCACAUACUUUGCAGUUAUUGCCAUAGGAGGGAUUGCCACUACAGCAAAUCCAUUAUACACUGCUGAUGAGAUUCAACAUCAACUAAAAGAUGCCCAUGCAACAUAUAUUGCUACACCUAUUGAACUUGUGUCUAAAGUCAAGCAGGCUGCCAAAAAGUACACUAAACUCAAGAAAAUCAUUGUGUUUGGUGGUGAAGCUUUGUUUGAUUGCAUUAGCUUUAAUACUCUUAUGGGAGACAAAGGUGAUGCUUUCAAGUUGCCAACAAUAAAUGCAAAGGAGGACAUUGCUGCUCUGCCAUAUUCAAGUGGAACAACAGG